AUGCUGUUUGACGAACGAACACUGAGCUUCCUCACGUGGCUUAUGCAAAACGCCGUAACCACUUCUCCCAAGAUCCGAAUCAGCGACUUUCGCAGCUCUGGCCAGGGCAGAUGCGUUGUUGCCACAGACGAAAUAAUGGAAGAUGAGGAGCUCUUUUCCAUACCGAGAUCAGCCAUUUUGAAUGUGCAAUCUAGCUCGUUGGCGAAGGAACAUGCUGGAGCAGAACUGGUUUUGGCCCAGAUGACCCAAUGGGACGCGCUUGUUUUAGUGCUUCUUUAUGAGUGGAAGGUCAAAGCAACCAGCCUGCCAUGGUGGGAAUAUUUCAAUGUUUUGCCCUUAAACGACGAGUCGUACGCGUCCAAUCAGUUGAUUUAUUGGGACGACACGGAACUCAGCCACUUGGCCCCAUCCUACAUUGUGGACCGUAUCGGACAUAACUCGGCCAAUGCCAUGUACGACAGGCUAGUUCCCCACUUUGAAAAAUUUGUGGGCACGGUGACCAAAGAUGAGUUCCGCAAAGUGGCGUCUGUGAUCAUGUCUUACUCGUUUGAUGUCGGGUCUAAAGAUGUAGACGACGAUGAAGACAACGACGAGGUCAGUGAUGACGAGGUCGAGAGCAACCUCGUGAAAGACUCUGAUUACCUCAAAUCAAUGGUUCCUCUCGCAGACACGUUGAAUGCCGACACAGCUAAACAUAAUGCAAGCUUGUUUAUCACGGCGGACCAUCUAGUCAUGCGCAGCAUCAAGCCAAUUGCAAAAAACGAUCAAAUAUACAACAUCUACGCCGAGCAUCCCAAUUCAGAAAUUCUUCGAAGAUACGGCUACGUCGAGCAACAAGGCCUGGCUCACGAUUUUGCCGAGGUGUCGCUAGCGACAUUCAAGAAGUACUUUGCGGAAAAUUCCAGUCUUUCGAAAGACACUAUCGAUGAAAUCUUGGCCAUCUUGGAGGAGAUCGAGAUCGAGGAAGACGAAAAGUUUGUGCUUGAAUCCUACGACUGCUUUGGCUCGGGUGAGGUGAUCUUCGAGUUGACCUUCCUCACGCAGCUUUUUGUCAUCAUAGCGGCAAUCAACCACAAGAAGUCUUUCAACUCCGCGUCGCUAGAGGUCAAGGCCCGGGCAAUUCGCAGGGUGUACAAAAAGACGUACCAGCUUCUUGAAAGCAGGCGGCUCACAAAGCAAUUUAUGAAGGAUUUUCCCAGCAUCCUCAAAGUCAGACUCAGUGAGUAUCCACGAAAGGCAACUCGCGGCUUUUCGCCGUCUAGAGACACCCCACUCACCAGACAGGAAAUGGCCAUGGCCGUGUUGACAUCUGAAUGCGUGUCUUUGCAGAAUUGCAUGGACACCGAGAAGGUUUUCACCAAGGGAGAGCAGGAGUUCAGCGUCAUCGACGACGAAAAACUCUUACGGAACAUCAUGCAAAAAAACACUUUCGAAGGCUCUGAAACCCAGCCAUCCAAGAAAAAGAGAAUGAGCUAG